CAACGCUCAUCAUGCAGGUCCUAGUGUUGUUUGCCCUUUUCGCUGCCAGCCAAGCAGCAGUUCUCUUCAGUGCCGCACCACUUCUCAGUACUGGUGCUAGCUCGCAGUACAGAUCCCAGGAUAGCGUGGGGAAUUACCACUUCGGUUAUGACGAAGGUCAUUCAUCCGGAGGAUCCUUCCGCAAGGAAUCUGGGGACGCAUUCGGCAACAAAGUUGGCUCAUACGGCCUGCGGGACGCCGACGGCAGGGCCCGCAUUGUCAACUACGUCGCUGACGCCGCUGGAUUCCGAGCUGACGUCCAGUCAAAUGAACCGGGGGUGGAGCCGAAAGAUCCUGCCAACACCUCCAUCAACAAGGCCAUUAUAGCUGCCCCUGCAGUAGCCACAUACGCCGUGGCCCCCGCAGCUGCCAUCAGCUACGCGCCAUUCGCACAUUUCGGGGGUUUUGCCUUCCCCGGACACUAUGCAUAUCCCGCACAUUAUGGAUACCACUGGUGAGUGGUGAGUGGUCCUCCAGUUCCAGUACAAGUGAAAACAAGAAAUUUUAUCUCCCUCUAAAUAGUACUCAUAAUGCAGCCGGGUUGUGUAUCCUUCAAUUGGGUUUGGAUACAGGAAUAAUAUUUAAAAUUUUCACUGUACACUCAUCGAAAUAGCUUGAACAUCGAAACAUAUACUCAGAAAAUCAUAAUAUAAAUGCGUAGUUUUCUUUUUUUUUUUUUCAAUAAAACAAAAUACCAGCUAUGUCAGUCUAUUAACUAUUAAUUCAUGAGCAGGCACAAAGAUCGCCAUCACUAAUUACUGGGUUAGCUUGAAACCCAGUCUCUUUUUGAAGCUUUAU